GUAGGAAGCAGAGAGGAGACAUUGUUGGAUCUGGCAGCAAAGUAGGUAAUACGUAGAUGAACCCCCUGGCCUACAUGGUUUAGAAGGACACAAGGAUCUCUACAAGGACGUCAUGAUGGACAAUCAGCCGCCCCUCACAUCACCGGAUGGAUCCAGUCAUGGGAACCCACCAGAGAGAUGUCCCCGUCCUCUGUAUUCCCGGGAUUCCACACAGGAAGGUCACACCAUCCCUCACCAUCAUCAGAUGGAAUCCUCGGGGAUGAGAAUAUUGAUGUUAAAGAAGAGUAUAAAGAGGAGGAUGAGGAGUAUGGAGUGAUGGAGGAGUUUUCAGAAGGACACAAGGAUAUGAUGGAGCCACCUAAUACCAGGAACCCACCAGAGAGAUGUCCCCGUCCUCUGUAUUCCCGGGAUUCCACACAGGAAGUUCACACCAUCCCUCACUAUUACAAGAGUGAGAUCCCAUCGAUAUAUAAGUUGAGGUUAAAUCAGAAGAAGAAGAGGCGUAUGUGAGGGAUGAUCAGCAGUCUAUGGAGGAGGAUGGAAUAACGGGGACAUUUAUAGAGGAGGACACUCCUACAGAGAUCAGCACAGGUGGGUCAUGAACACUAUCUAGAUCACCUCUAUGGG